AUGGUGAAGGAGUCGGGACUAAGUAAUGGUGAUGGUGAAUAUGACUUGUAUCUGUUACUUCCCAACUGUUCACAAAAAGCUCGAGUGUAUUGUGCUGAUAUGAACACAGAUAACCCAUUAGAAUAUAUCACAUUGUCUGCUGGCAGGGAUACUAACUAUGCACUGAAUAAUCGUCUACCCAAUGGAGAAUAUCACUCGAAACAUGCCAAGACGGCAUACGAUAAGGUUCGUAAUUGACUUGCAACCAUUCUCGUCCCCAGAACAAUUUUCAAUCCGUCACUCGUUGAAAUAAUUUUCUGGUUUAGACGACUAAAAGGCGAGAUUUAAUUGGCUUCUCCGAGAACUGCUAUUUCGUAGAAGUUUAGCAGUUUUUGCUAGGCAAAGUUAUUCUAUCAACAUACAUGUCAACACAAAUGCAGUACUUCGUUCCUUCGUCAUACUUCACUGUGACAAUUGUUACGAAUGCUACAGCGUCCCAAUUCAAGAGCAUGCGCUUUAGAAACUACUGCAAGUUUUCUUGCACUUCCAGUUCCGUGUGUUCCCGGGCCUAGGCAGGACGCGAGAGGCCCUGGGGGUGAGGUGGCAUGCAAAGCCUAGUCCCAGGCUUUCCCGCGUCACUAGAUUGGUUUUAAACCCAAGCUGAAACCCCGAGUCCGCAAUCAUCUGCAUGUGGAGGUUUGCUGAAGCCCUGGGAAACACCAGCAAAAGUCAGGCUCUGAUUGUUUAAAAUCUUGUUAAAUUCUCCAAUUCGGAUUGAACUUCGCCUUGUACAUGAUCAAAUUGCACGGACUUGAAAUCUAGCCUAGUCCUUAAAGUUGGAUUUGAAAUAUUACAUAACCUAUUGUAGGCGGUCUGAUCGGUCGGAAGAGCAAAAAUGGUUCCAAGAACGGUAGAUUUGCGAAUUGUGCUCGUGUCAGUACCAUUUGGGGUACAUUUUUGUGUGCAUCAUUUCAUUUAACUUAAAACAGUAUUUUGUUUUAGAUACGUCUUGAAGUGCCAUCACUAAAUGUCUUGAUAGGGGAUUCAAGGUUUUCUGUACAGAUAGAAGGAACAUACAUAGAACGGUACGCUACAGCUAAGGAUUGCAUGUGGGCUGCCUCUUGUGAAGCUUACAGACAAAACAAGCAUGGGAAAACUGAAGCUGAUCUCACUGGAACGGAUUUUAAAUUCCCAUCGUCUAUUCCUUAUAAUACUAAUUCCUGGCCAACUUGUGCUAGCGGCUGGCUUGCACCAACCAUGAGUGUGGAUCGAAAGAAAUGGUCAGUUCGUUGUGGUGGUUAUUGUGGCGGCUGUAAGCCUACGUCCCUUGUUCUUGAGCUUGAUGCUUGCUAA